AAGACAUCAUCAGCAAAGUCUAUACAGUAGCUAUAAGUUUCAUGGACGAGAAGUAGAAGAAACAUUCUUAAAGAGCAAACAGCACAAUCCCAAUACAUGGGAAGUUCCAUUUUCAAAAAGGCGCUCUCCCCGGACAGAACUGAAUGCAUUUCAACGAAAUAGCGUGUAUCAGUAUCUUGAGACUAGUUUCCUCUCCCAUUCGCGGGUUGAGCUAUUAAUUUAGAAAUCAUGACGAACGAGGACUCCUUCCUUAAACAAGUGUUCGACGGGCUUCAUACGUACACUACGAGGAACGCAAUCGUUGUCGUUACGAACAAGAAACCAGUGCGAUUCUAGAAGGUCCGCAAAUUAUGCGGAAAAAACUAUGCUAGAAAUUAUGCAGAGCCAGAAAGUGCUCGUGCUGCUUUUUAUUUAUUUUUUUUUCGACCUAUCAAGAAGAUCUGUCUUCGGCGACUUGUUCUGGUUUUACACUCGCGGAUCCGGUUGCGGUGACUCCGGGCCCUUCGAAUACGCACCCGGCUGCGCCGACUAAGGACUUUACUUAUCUGAUUUAAGCUUGUGAGCCUUGUCUUCUUGUAACCGCGAGUGAUGCUCUUUACUGUUGCCGACGUGUUCUUCCUGAUGUCGUUUGGGUGUGGUAUCGACUGUUGGCGUCGUUCUCUGUCUACAGCUUAUUCCAGUUCUGUCUGUUGAGUGAGUCGGUCUUUCAUCGGGUUGAGGCUAUUCGUAGGCGGCCUGCCAAGCCGUGAUGCACUCCUUGAGGAUUUACAGGCUGGCCCCUGUUCUCCUCACUGGGCUGCAGAUGGUGCUUAUGGCCCGGGACCCUGACCACAUCCCUCACUUCAUCGGCCCCAGCUAAAACCGAACAGGUCGCAACAUAAAAGAACUAUCUCCCCCCCCCUCCAUUUCCACCCUCGGCCCCCUUUAUAAUCAUUAAACCCGUGCAGGGGUUAGCAUCCUCAGCGGCCUUCAGUCUAGUCUUUUCACCAUUAUCAGACGUGGCGACGGUUGUGGCGAGUUGGGUACAUUUCGCGUUCAAUGGAUGCGGAUCUGGUUGCGACGGUGUCGGGCUUCAUUUUGUGGGCGUGGGUCCGCUUGUGACAAGUCUGACCUGCAGACACACCCACGCGCUGGGAGCGCUUUUCUUGUGCUUUGCGAGUGCUUUGCCUUAUGCAACAGGUUACGUAUACCGAUAGUAUGGGCCGAAGCGAUGAGUCUCAAACAGCACGGGGCACACUUCCAACAAUCUAAGAAAACAAAGAGGCAAGACGCUUUUUGUCAGCGGAAACGAAUUGCCGGCGGCUGGCAGGCUGUGCCGGCUCGCCUCGGUCUGUCGGGUGACGCGCGCCCGCGUGUCUUGUUCGGCAGUUGGUUCCCCCUCCGUGACUGAAGAGCGCAGGCGAUAGCCGGUAGGAAGCUUGGCGUGCGGCCAUUCAUUCUCUCGGGGGCGGCAGGUUGCUCCUUUUUUGUCCACGUAGAGCGUCGCGCUGAACUAGCAGGAGAUGCGUGGCGGCCAAAUAAGUGCCGCGCCUCUUUGAUAAUGUGGCGGCAGGUAGCAGCGUGGUGGUGUCUAUUUAUAACUAUAAACGUGGCGUGCGCUUCGUGACUUUACUAGCAAGCCUCAUCGGUUUAGCACGCUGCCAGCUUCUCCACUGAAGCGGCGCCGGGUUGGGAUCUUCUACCCUCGUCAGUCAUUGGUGGCGCAGGUAGCGCAGAGGCUACAGCUUCGCGAGCGCGUCGCGGAGCGUCGGUGGCUGUUGGUUUUGGCUGGGGUGAGACGCUAAAAACCCAAGCGGCGCGGUGGAAGCGAAUUCAGUGCGGCUGGCAUGUGCUGAGAGAGUGGCGCGCUAGUAGUAGCGCUUGCUUUGGGGCCCUUGCUCGUUUUCUUUUGUGUGGGUUUUCCAUAUCUGCCGCCCGUCUUGGUCUUUCUGGUUGGCGUGCUCUGGGAGCAGCAGCUCUGCCAGCAACCUUGGGCUUGGUCUUUUGCUUCUCUCUUGAGUUAGGGCAGUACGCUCACACGGCUCCGAAGCUUCUUAUUCAAUAAGCGACAAAGACCGACGGGCGCGGGGUGAUGAUAGUGCGAACCCGCAUGAUGAAGACAUGGAAAUGGAUCGCCGAGAACAAACUCGCAACAGCUUGCAACGGAACCGCAUAAGGCUCCGCGCUUGUUGUCUGUGGUUUUUGUGGUUUCUCUGUUCUUCUCUCCAGGCUUGGGAGGCCUCUGGCGUUGUGCAUUCGUUUGAGAAUUUGGCGCGAGGCUGCGCCGCGGACUGGUUCGCCGGCUUGUGAUGCUCUCGGCGCAGUGGUUGGCCUGUCCGUGUGUGGGUUGUGUCGGUUUCGUUUUCGGAGCUCCUUUUGGCUUCGUUUUAAUGAGACAAGGACAAGGGCCGCGCGCGUGAGCCUCGGCAACUUUUCGCCAAGAUUUUCCGCCGCCGGUGAUUGUCGGGCGCGGUGGUCUCCAAAAAGGGGGAAGCCAAUGCUUUUAAUUCUAUAAGUCGGCACGCAGAGCGAGGCUGGUGGCCUAAUAAAUGUGGCGCACCUAAUACACAGCUGGCGCCAGUCUUGACAAAGGUAGUAGGGCGCUUUUUACUUCUGGGCGGGGCGUGCUUCAAGGUCCAAGAUGUAGCUUAAACGUACGGGAAGGCGUUGGACUUUGUCGAGGAAGGGCGUCAAGGUUUUUCGUAUUAGUGCACUGAUUACGUUACUCUCUCAGCUAAUGCCACCCAGUAUAGCUCUUCACGUCCUUCUUGUUCAUUCUGCAGCCUUCAACUGAGUGGGGAACGCUGCUCCUUUGUUCAUGCUUUUCGCUUGCUUUUCUCACUUCUCAACAGAAUCGGAACACGCUCAAACAGACGGCGCAACUGAUAACAACCUUGGCAGAAAGAUAGGACCCUAGUCACUUCUUGGCGGGGCGUGCUUUAGGGUCCAGAAUGUAGCUCGUUCAACGUAUGGGAAGGCGUUAGACCUUGCCGAGAAAGAGGGCGAAGGCCUCAUCCGGAUGGCACCAAGCCAGAAAAAGGGAUACACUUCGGCUACUUUUUGGCUAUGAGCGAGGACGCGGCAGGUGGUGCGGGGAGUGUUGAGAGAGGAACAGGAGUGAGGGUUUUGAGUGUCGGGCGUCGGUGGGUCUGCGACUGCAUGGGAGAGAGGUGCCUGAGCGUUCAACGGCAGGAGGGAUUUUCGGUGGCGUGUUGUUGGGAGUGAAUUUCUGCAAAGUGGCAAAACAAAAAGCAGAAAGCCAGUGGCAAGUUGGGAGCUAUUCUCAAAAAAUCCCUACUUCGGGACAAGUUUCGUCGUGUCUUUUUUAUCUAUCUUGGAUAGGCUUAGUUACUCUAUAGUAUCUAUUUCUAUAUUUUGUGGGGCGGCGUUUCUCUUAGGCUAUCAAUUAAACUGGGAGGAAAAUGAAUACUGGGCGAGACCAUGACGGGUGUGGCCUUUGGCGGAGCUGGCGCUCCGCUGGUCGAUUUUUGUGGAGCUGCCAUGCCAGCAGCCGGCAUGCGCGAGAUGAUGGCGCUGCCUCGCAUUCCUUUACGGGCCAGUGGUGCGUAUCUGGGUUAUCUUCUGAAGUUUGCUCGUUAUGUGGAGACCGGUGUUUGGGCGAAGGGGAGCAUUGGAGCAGGAGCAGAGAAAAGCACUGGGGACGCACUUGAACGCAUGAGGCACCACUUUGCUGCUUUGCUUUUGGCGUUUCUGAAGCGUGCGGAGAAGAGGCUCUUGGGGGUGGGGGAAAGCUCGCAGCAGUCGCUUAUCAACGUGUUGAAUUCGACUCGACGCAGAUGCAUACGCUUGACCUCUGGCACAAGCGUUCAGUGCCGCACGAGACGCUGCUGAUGUUGAGGUGUCUCGGCAAGUAUGUACUCCGAGGAUGAUGGCCGGUGGCAACGUCUUUGGGCAUAUCAGUUGUCGGCGCAGAUGGUCGAGGGACACAACUCUGAGCAAGUGGCAAGGGAAGUAGUGAACCACUGUGAGCCAUUGCGUGAGGCUUUGAAAAACGCUGGCCGCGACAUCACUAACGUCGUCACUCUGACCCACUACGCAGGAGACGGCGCCAGCCUGAAAAUCAUCAGGCAGAUUCUACCUGCCAUGCAUGAGGAUGGGCGACACAGUCCCCACGAGGGCGAUCCUGCGGUAGCGAUGUUUGGCCUCUACGUGAUAAGCAGACGCACGCCGCAUGCUUAUCAUAGCACAUUUCGUAAGAGGGAUGUUGGAUUGGAUGGAUUGCAUGGCACUGCAUGCAUUGCAUGAGCCGAGGGGGUCAGAGUGCGACCUUCUUAAGGGAGCGACACGGGAACGAAGACCCAGGGCGCGGCAUAGGAGUACUUGGCUCCGUUGUGGGAGUACUUGAAUAGUGCCGGCACGUACUAGCUUGCUACUGUAAGUAGCUCGACUAGGCUAGCUUGCCGGUGAUCUCGACCGUCUUGCUCACUGUUCCCUGGCGCACACAGGCCACGGCGUUUGCGCUGCUCCUUGCUUGUUUCUGGGGCGAGGUCACAGCGGGGCCGUGUUUGUGUUCGUGUGUCGUAGCGUAAUUCUUCGGCGGGGAAGCCCGGUAUUGCGGAGAAAGUAUGGCGCCCGAAGGGCGCCGCGAAAAAUAUAUUGCUUUUUGGGUGGUCCAUCCAUGCAAUGCAUGCCAUCCAUGCCAUGCAAUCCAGAAGUUCGGAAGUUGCCCUAUGUUCUAUUAUCAUUUGGCGACUCAGUCGGGCUUGAAGAUCAUCGCGCCAGGUGGGGAGGAGGAUGAGAAGGGGAUGGUGGUUAUUAGUAGGGCUUUAAAUGAUAGCUCCACAAUAGUGCGGGACAUGCUUACUCGCUGGGUGCCGCAUGUCUAUCACAAGCAGCCGCUUCCUGAGUCAGAAGUAGUAGAGUGCGAGCAUCUCGCCGACUUUUGCGCGCAAGGCUGGCGGCCAGAUUUGAUCAGCCAGGUCAAGAAGCUGCAGCUGCGACACCAGAGCGGCACUCUUUUUGGCACUGGGACGGAGAGAGAAGUGCGGCACUGUUUGCAGAGCCUCUUUGUGCCUGGAGAAGUCCAGCUUGGGCGCUUUGGUGAAGCUGUCACAGCUGUUGGCAGGUAUUGCUUGUUUGACAUCGUCGGCCUGUUCCCCGUCCUCACAGAGUACGCCUAUCAGCAGGGAGCGAAGAAGUAUUACCUUAGGAGUGUCCUGGAGAGCAAGCGCCUUACACCAGCGGAAUUUGUAAGCUCGAUGUGGCAGAUUUUAUUAGGAGUAGGCGCUAUAAAUCUCAUCGGGCGGAAAAUAUUGGAGGGCCCAUCAAAUCAAUAGUAGCGCUGGGCGCCACUAGGGACGCCAGAGAAGCACAACCAGAGCAGAUGUGGCGUUGCCAGAUGGGUGCAGUUGCUUUUCGUUAUGCCGGUGGGUGUGAUGCUGAAGAUGUUGAGGUCGGGCGGCAGGUUUUGGAUACAACCACUGCGACCCUGCAGCUGGCGCGUUUUAAUAGACUAGAAAUCAUGCCGUGGCGAGGAGUACUAGCGUGCACUAGUAUAGACUGCAGUAGAAGCAUACCAGAAGAGCAGCACGAUUUUGCUUCUACGAAGAAAGUGCUAGCAGUUCGCCGCUGUUCGCCGCAGGCCAUCAGGAGAAGCAAAACAGUACUAGCGGGGCAUCUAGUCAGACUUCGAAAAAUCGCAACAGCGAUUGUGUACGCGGAGCGCCUUCACAAAUUAGGGCGCGACGUCUGAUCUCCCGCAAGCGUCAACUCUUCCACUGGCGUGUUCAUUCAUUUGUGGAGUGGCGCUGAAAUUACAUGCGCAGAUGAAUUGUCUAACGAGACGGAGGAGAUCAGACGGUCGUAGUAUUUUGGACACGGAUGCGGCUGGAGAUCUUGGGCUUGGGGUGAAUAUUGAAGAGGAGACGAAGCGCGUCGAGCUUCGGCGCAAGCAGGUGCGAGCAAAUACCAUGCUCAUCAAACAAAAAUCCACGAAGGGCAUGCGCCCCCUUGUGCAGGGUGAGAACGUCAAAAAAUGGCUGCGGACAGACUACAGCACAACUACUUGGAUUCUGAUGAGACAGAGGCGCUGCAGAAGAAGAUAGAACCACAGCAGGAGCUACUUCGUCAGAAGGCGAGGAGAAGGCUGAAGAUGUUGGCGCAGAAACAAGCAGUGGAAAAAGAUGAAAAACAACAACGCCAGACGACAUUCAUGACGUGCAACAGUUUUGGCGUGGAUUCUUGGCUGAAAGGCGACGAAGUUGCAGGCCAUUUUCGUGGCCUCUCUCGAACGUAUGGCGGGAUGCUUGGUAUGCAGGAUGGGACUUUUCAGGGUGUGGGAAAGUUAAGUAUCGCGCAGUACCAGCAGCACUCCACCGCCAGGAAAUCAAUGAGCUUCCUCUCCCGCAGGAGGUGGGCGGAUCCAUCUGCGAAUUGAUUAGGCGGGCGGCUGCAGAUGGACGCGAAACCCUAAUAGGAGGAGUAGUACUAAACGUCGCCGCCAUCGCAGCAGAUUUGUCUUCUUCUCUUCUAGUCUACAAAGUUGAAGGGAUAACUUUUCGGCCUUGUCGUCUUUUCGUAACGCGUCUGGCGGUUGCUGAUUAUGGUUUGGAGGGAGAUGGGCGUGCGGUUUUAACCAAGACGCUGAACUGCAGAGACCUCUCAACCUUGCCAGUGGGGCAGACGUGGCUCAUAGCGCCUGAGCAUAUAACAAGCGCCGGCUUCAUAAUUCUUGUCGAUCAGCCUCUUCGCCCUGUGCAUCUAGUGGGGCCAAGUAGUUUGGCUGAGCGGAUCGCCGAACCGCGAGCCAGAGUUGUCAAGAAGGAGCGUCCGUACCAAGAGAGAGAGCCUCGGCAGGAGGUUCGGCCGCAACAGGCGCAGCGUCCUGCACCAGCUAGAGUUCUUCCCAACGUCGCGCCCGAUUUGGGGCCAGCACCUGCUGCAGAUGUCGCUGCGCAGCAACGUAACCAACUAGAUGGCUUAAUCCGGCAGCAUGUUGACGUCUAUACUAUUGCCCUGCGCCGUUCAGUUUCUCUCCUCUAACGAUCGCAACUCGUGGCGGAAACUGGACAGCCCAUAGUCACGGCGUUGCGGUCGACUACGUACGUCGGAGCGCGCCGGAAUCAAGUGGCGCGAUGAGAUUGAGAGUAUUGGGACUUCUCAACCCAGCACAGUCGUCCAGAGAUUUUUCCCUUGCAGUCUAUGGCGGUCCGCAGCUGACAGCCCGCGCAGCGUGUUUUGUGGCGAGGGUGUGCAAGUUUUUUCUAUCGUGUGGCGCCACAUUGGAGCCGUCUCAGCUUGGAGAGGUCGAUGCUUAUUCUUCAGCGCGCCGCGCUGAGUGGGAUGCUGAUUAUGAGGAGGAUUGGAGUGCUGUAGUCAACCAGCUGAAGUCUGAUGGUCGUUAUUUUGAAGAUAGAAGAAGGGCCGCGCUCUUUUCAAAAAUCAAGGAAAUCAGUGGCGAGAAGUAUUUGCGUAGCGUUGUCCUGUCUGAUUAUUAUUAAACGGGACUGAAAUUAUGGGAAGGAAGUUGCGUUUUUUAAGUCGUUUGGUUUGGUGAUAGCCCUGCGGAGUACUCGGCGUGUCGUGGGAUGGUUCUGCUUCGCUGUGGGAUGGCUGUUCUGUGUUCUACUUCUGGCUGGAUCGUGAUCUUCUGAUGUCAUCUCGCUUCUAUGAUCGUGCGCACCUGCCUGCGGCUCGUGUGGGUCUUCUCUUCUUGUUGGUAGUGUGCCGGCUUUAGUUGUACAAGUUCGGUCCUUGCUCGUGUCUUCCUUGCGUGUGUCGUCGCUACGUCACUUGAUCUUAUUCAUCUUCUUGCUUGGCCUGCUCUGGUUUCUUGCAUUUUUAUCGUUUCGCCUGUGUGCUCCGCAGGGUCUAUGCACGCUAGACGGAUCUUCGAUCCUAAUGGAAUAACUUCCAACUACGCUCUUAUCUACGACUGCACUUCUCUAAUCUCACGAGUACUACUUUCAUCAUGUCGGACACCCCGCCCGCCGCUCCUGUGGCGACCUUGCUCGGAGUAGAAGAGCUUCCUGCUUUGCCCGCUGUUGAAGAGCCUGCUGCUCCGAUGGAAGUGGCUAGUUAGUAUGGCGGGCGACCUGUUGCAGCAGGAUGGACCUGAAAACACAUCCAGCACUGCAAACCUGAAGGCGAAGGUGAAGCCAAUGAGGAAAGUGCCGAAGCAGAAAGCUGCUGCUAAGGCCGUCGCUAGUAGUUCUUCUUCGUCUGCUGCUCCUGUUGCUGCUGGUGUUGAUGAUGGGAACGAGACUGAAGAUGUUUCGCCGGCUAAAAAACGCGCUCGCAGUCAGACGGCGGCUCAGAUGGUAUAUGUUAGAGCAUAUGUUUUGCCUUUUUUUGAAGAGCUAAGAUUUAGAAAGCUGGUAUACGUUGGGGUAUAUGUAAGGGUAUACGUUUUUGCUAAUGGAGUUGCUCUGGGCCUAGUUUCUACUUGGGUUUAGGAUAUGCCCCUACGUAUGCCUAUACAUAUACCCACACACACGCCGCAACAUAUGCCCCAACAUAUACCACCGAAAUAGUUAACAUAUACCAAAACGCGUCCACUUUUGUCGUUUCUGAUAACCUCCGAGGUUAGACAGUGGCCAAGGAUGAAACGCCACAGGCUAGCAAUCAACAUCAGAGACAUCUGGGACGAUUUCAACGCAAGACACCCGCUAGCUACUGAGGCCACGAGUGUCGUGCUAUCGACGUUCUUUGCUAUUAGUUCUGCUAGUUCAGUCUUGGCCUCCUUAUACUACAAAUUCAACGUCCGUCCCUCCAUCAUCUUGCUCCUGCUUGCUUUUCGUCAUUUUUGCUCAACCUUUCACGGCGUCACGUCGUUUCUUCGCAAGGCGGUGAGCUGCUUGGCGCUGCAGCUGACAAGAAGGCUUCCCGCAAGCCGAAGGUGGUUAUGAGCAUCUUGGAGACCACCGCGUCGAUGUGAAACAUGGCCGCGAGAUCUUCGCGAAAAGUUGCCCGGGUUGGUCUUCGUUGCCUCUGUCUUUUCGAGUAUGGAAAAGGAGGCGGCGCGGCCUCGGGUGCUUUGUCUUUGUGUUGUGUUUCUCUGUUGUUGACAGCCCCGGCGCCAGGUGAGUGCGGACCGCCCGCACGUCAUUGGCGUCGGCGCUGCUUGGAAUACAGCCGCGGCACGCCUGUGCAAGCUCCUCGAGGUGUAGAGAACCCGGGCGGAGGACUGGGGGAACGUAGGCGGGGAAGCAGUGGCAAAGCGGGGCGGCGUUGGCCAUCUUUCUGCGCUUGGGCGCCUGGGUUGGCUCUUCGUUUUUUCUCUAUAUGAAAAAAAAAAAAUCUUGGCGAAAAGUUUGCGAAAUCUUUCAAAAGAAUCCUUGCGGAAUCUUUCCGCAAAGAUAAGCGCACGAAGUUCCAACAUUGUCAAAACUUGCAAACUUUCCGCAAACAUUCCGCGAAGGUUUUGAAGCUUUCGGCUUCCGUGUUUUUUUGAUGAAGGCAUGGAAAUGAGUCGCCGAGAACAAGCUCGCAACAGCUUGCAACGGAACCGCAUGGGGCUCCGCGCUUGUUGUCUGUGCUUUUUGUGGUUUCUCUGUUCUUCUCUCCAGGCUUGGUAGGCCUCUGGCGUUGUGCAUUCCGAAUGCACAACGCCAGAGGCCUACCAAAAAAAACCAGCCAGAGACCCGACUACAUUCCUACUACAGAACUGCUAUAGGAUUUCGGUGGGGUUGUGCGUGUUCGUCGGUGGUGUGUCUCGGAUGUCAUGACGCCCGUGCUGUGGUUGUUCGGUUCGUGGGUUCGUGGCAGGGUGCCUGGCUCCGUGUCGUGUUGUUUUUCUCUCUUUCGGUUCGUUGGCUUGUGGCGUCGGGGAUGGCUCGGCGGUGGGGGUGUUUUCGGUGCUGGGGCUCACCUCCUCUGUGAGGGUGGCGCAGAUGUUGGUGGGGGCAUGGGGCGGCGUGGUUUUCGUUGGGACACCCUGAAGCCACGGUGGGUGGUGAUCGGUGGUUUGGGUUCGUGGGCCUCUAUAUCUCUUGGCUGGUGGCUCUAUAUCCUUUCUGUUUGGUCUUCCAUAUCUUUCCGCUUUUUGUUCGGCGGACUCUUCUACAGCUUCCUCUAGAAAGUCUUCUAUAUUGUCUACUAUAUCUUUAUUUUUUUCGCGCCCCCGUUGGAGCACUUCUAUAUCUUCUUCUUUAUCUUCGGACCUCAAAAAUCGCAUUGAAUUCCUUUGGAUUGCGGUUUUUGAGGGUCGGGAAAAGAUAUAGAGUGAGGAUAUAGAAGGGCAUCCUGGGGGGUAGAGAUAUAGUAGAGUUUAUAAAAGACUUUAUAGAGGAGGCUAUAGAAGCGAAAGAUAUAGCAGGGGGGGUGGGGAUCGGGGAAAGAUAUAGACGAAAACCGGGAAAGAUAUAGAAGAAGUCGCGGCGGUUGGAGUGGAGAUCAGGUGGCCAGCUGUGGCUGACCUGGCCAGCUGUGGCUGACCUGGGCGCUGGGCAUUGUGAGAGGCUUUGGCGUGGGCAUGGGCAUAGCUGUGGGGUGGUGACGGGGUGUCUUCUGUCCAGUAAUGCAUGGGGUUGGUGUGUCUGUUGUCAUGUGCGGGCAGCCUGAGGUGGAGGAUAGGGAGUCGUGGGCUCCGCGUGGAAGCUUGGUGGCUCCUUGGUGUGAAGCUGGUGCCGGGGCUCUUCAGGGGUGGAGGUGAGGUUGCGCAGAUUUCCUCCUGGGGUGGAUUUUUAUCGCAGUUCUUUAGUAGUUAUAUAGAUGUGCAGGCGGCUGGCCGCUUGCCGCAUGGCAUUCGUUUGAGAAUUUGGCGCGAGGCUACGCCGCGGACUGGUUCGCCGGCUUGUGAUGCUCUCGGCGCUGUGGUUGGCUUGUCUGUGUGUGGGUUGUGUCGGUUUCGUUUUCGGAGCUCCUCCUGGCUUCGUUUUAAUGAGACAAGGACAAGGGCCGCGCGCGUGAGCCUCGGCAACUUUUCGCCAAGAUUUUCUGCCGCCGGUGAUUGUCGGGCGUGGUGGUCUCCAAAGCUUCGGCUUUACUUGGGGCCAGCUGUUGACUGUGGCGGAGACUAAGACCCGCAACAAGGCCAAGGCGAACAGCUGGGACAUCCAUCGAGCUGGCUAUCAUGUUGGCUGUGAAGGAUUUGCCAUUCGUGAAAAUCCGAACCCGAAUGCCGACAGCAUCUAUGAGACCCCCGCUGAGUACAUCGCGCGUGAGACGCAGCGCGCUCUGGAAAGUCGCUCGAUGGCCACCAAGUCGGAGAAGGAUGCUCAGAACUUGCCUUUGCCUGCUGGCGUGUGGGACUUCUGCCAUGAUACCAUGACCGGCGCGAAGUGCGCAUCUCUUGGUCUGGAGUGCCGCGCCAGCUUGUUGGAGAAGAUCAACAAGCCGAAAAUUGGUGCAUUGGAAAAAAUGCGUUUGACGUGCGACUGGCUGCAUAGUCAUGGCGUUGCCGUACAAGGAGGCGGCUUCUGUCUUCGUCCACUGAAUGAUAAGGGUGAGCCGCCAUACAGGAUUAGUGGCGCUACUUCUCCCUCUUCUCCCGUCAACACUCCGCACGCGCAGCCCGAUUUUGCAGAUGGAGGCACAAGCGAGGCAUGCUAUUUACGUCGAGCAAGCCAACAAGGAGGCUGAGGCAGGACCCUCUUCCACAACAACAACGUCUACUACUACAAGCAGCAGUCUCCCAGUCGUGUGCGAUGGAAUUUCCAGCGGCGGCGAUUUCUUGGCCUCGUUGUUGGGAGCUGAUGACGCUGCUCUGACUGAAAUGUUGAACAAGGCUCCAAAAACGAAGAUCAAGCUUGACCAGCCUGGUGGAGAGGCCGACGCUGUUGCUGAAGAUUUGCAGCACAAGUUGAACGAUGUCGAGGCGACUCAGAUUCUGCGUGCCUUUCGUGGUAAAACCGCCAGCGCCUUGGAGAUCUCGAACGUCUGCGAGGCGAUUCGCGCAGCGUCGUUGCAUCUCACCGACAUGGACUACGGUGCUCUAUUUGGUUUUGCUAUCGUCUUUGCCCUAGAGCUGGCAGCCGUUUCUCUGUUUGGAUGAGAGAGAUUCGCUCGAUGGUUUUUCGCUCUGAAAAAGGGAAAGUCGUCUUAUUUCAAAGCGUGGCCUUCUUUAUCUUAUUCCUAUCUAGAGUCUUCAGGCCUCGUCUUCUCUCCCAACCAUAUCACAGAUCGUUACGGGCACACGGCCUACACGCGCCUGGCCAAGUGGGUGAGCGAUCAAAUCGAGAAGAAAACGAAAAAGGCAAACGCGCGCCCGAUGGCUUUCUUCGAAAAGUAUAGUCUAUUGGUAAUCCUUUGGCACUUGUUUACUUUUUGAAAAGUUGGGCGCUCUUGUGGACAAGACUGGGAAGCAUCAAAGGACUAGAAGACAUAGGGAACCUAAAAAGUUUCAGACAUACAAUCAUCAGCCACAAGCUAUCCACCUGCCCACCUUCGUCAUUUCAUGACAACAACCUUCACACCAGGCACGAGGCGGCUCUCCAGAUUACUGCUCCCGAGGUUUGCCGCGCCGCCGCUGAAAUUCAGGCUCUUCGUGAACAGACAAAACUAAACAGCGACGGCAAUCUUUCUGGUGGAGGAGAUCUUGACGAUGGUGAUGGUGAAGAAAAUGAUGACGGUGGCCAUGUGUUGACUGCUGCCCAACUGCGUAAGGCCAAGGACGCCAUGGACGGGGCUGAGCUCCCUCUUUUCGCUUCGAUGCGCCAGCGUGUGACGCACUUCUUUGCUGUCCCAGGAGGAGCUGGGGGCUGCUCUCAGCCAGGUGCUAGAAUCUUGCAUCAAUUUGCUAGAUUUUUUUAGUUUUUUGCUGCAGUAUAGACAUUCCAAGUUUUUUGCUCAAGGUUAUUACUCAUAGUUGUUGUAGGUUUUCGCUUUUCUGUGAUAGUAUCUCCGUCGUUUUGUACUUGAUGACCUUGGGGAUCUCACCUACCAACUUACCUCUCAUGCCAUAGGGAGUCUUCGCAUCUACUCAACAUUCUGCAGGCUUUCGACAACUUCUGCCAAGAAGAUUCCCUUCUGGGUCGCGAUGCUUUGGCGUUCGAGAAGGUGCUGUCUCGCGAGCGUGCUCGCGCGGAGGACCACGACCAGGCGAAGUCCUGGAAGGUCUUCGGAUGACUUGCGGUGGCGCAUGAAGCGAUCCCCUCGGCCAAGAAGUACACGGAUGGAGUGCAUCUUCACCAGCGCCGAAGUGGAGGAUGCCACCCUAUCGAGCAUUGACCUGUGUACAGUGAAGACUUUCAAGCUGUACAUCGAGACGCGCCAGGAGGUCUGGGAGAAGAUCAAGGAAAGCGCCAAAGUCGAAGCGAACGCGUGCUACAUUUUAUACGUUUUGCAUUUGUGGCCAGUUUCUCUAUCGGUGUGUCUUGUUUCUGAUUUUAUAGCAGUGAGAGAAAACGUUGCAUCGAAUUCUGUGCAUUUCUUGAACCAAUUAAGAACACACAAAUUAAGACAUCUAAAAUGGGGAUGUGUCCCUAGUGGCAACACUACCUAGAAAGGCGUGUAUCUCGCGUCUUUUAAAAUAUGGAUAAUUCCGGUACAAAUAUUCGAUGGUGACAAAUGUAGCGCAAAGGCAUCUCUAAAGGUUUCUCGUCGACAAAUGUCGCAAAUAAAUGCACUUUCGGAUUGUGGCUGGUCUGACCAAUACACAAUCAACACAAAUGAGAAGUCAGACGCUAUAUGCGGAUGACCUUGAAUACAAUCCUGAAUCUUGAAAGUCUUUGUGGCAAAUCGGCCGUGAAUCAUGUGUGCUUGACAAAGAAAACAAUGCUUGUGAAAGACGGUCAGUUUGCCCUUGAUUUAUAUAAAUAUGUAAACAUGAGGCCAUUUAUCUUAAAUGACCACUCCGUCACUCUUCUAUUCACAUAGCGUAGGAUCCAAAUGUAUCUUUUCAUUCGUGUGCUCCAUCUUAUCCGAAAGAUAUUAAAUGAGUCAAGUGUCGAUCUUUGAAUCAUGUUAACUUGUCGAACGAAUAGGUGAGAGAUCAAAUGCGAUUUCCAUAUGCGACCAAACGAAUGUUACUUAGUGAAGCGAUCUCGAACCUCCUUUGUUCGAUAAGGUAACGACUAUUUGUAUUGCUUUUCUUUUUUUCAGUAGGUCCUUCUUCAAUAAAGAUCUGGAGCUUCUGUUUCAGAUCUUGAAAACAUUUUGUUUAUGUAUUGCUCUUUUUUUUGCACCCCUUUGGAGUGGGACGAUCUUUCGCUCUCUCCUGAGCUAUCUAGUCUAGCAGAUCCGCACUCUCCGAUCUCUAGGACGAUCUCCUCUAGAAUGUGAUCUUGAUGUGGUCUGUCGUAGAUCUAGAUAUGUCUCUCGUACGUGCUUGAUAUGGCCUUAUCACGCCGUAAGAUUAAUUAGGUCUCGGGAUAUGUGAUGAAAUCAUACCCAUUUCGAGUAAAAUGAAAGGACUUUGAUUAUUUAUGAUUGUCAGUAUGUUGGCAAACCCCCCCCUGUAAUACGCGAAUUAGUCGUCUCUAUCAAGAUAGAUUAGAUUAAUCGUGGAUUACCUAUAUUCCGCUGUAGUUCGGCCGGAGAGUCUGGGCCUUGAGGAGCGAUUCCAAACAAUAGUCUGCUAAAGACUAUGUUUGGAGAACUACCAGUGAAUAUAUAGUCUCAGCGCCUCUCUUUGUCAACAUACUUGACCAUUAGUUAAUUGAGCGGACUUUUAGUAGUAAAUAUGGGUAUGUAUACGGAAUUGUUAACGUAAAUCAGUUCGUCCCUGUCCCCCUCCCGUGUUAUAGAUAUGUUGUUCUUCGAAAAUCCCUCAACUUCUUCCAAGACUCAACGCCAGUGUUGGGUCCAGAAGGUCUCUGCAUCAUCCCAGAGUGCCUCAUGUGGGUAGUCCUCCUCCCACCAUGAGUGAGUGAAGCUCAGACUGGCACGCAAUCCCAUAACAUCUCCGUGAAGUGAUGCAAUUGGAAGGAACCAGCCUGACCAAGUCGCCGGACGUAGGAUGAGCACCACCUUCCGCAUGUAUCCUGUGUGCUUGAUGAGGGCAACAGGAGUCCAGCGAAAGUCAAUGGUAGCUCGUCGACACACUCCGAAGUGUCUGGUCCGUACCGUCUCGAAGGCUUGACGUCCCACGAGGGCCAAAAGCACGACGUAGCGCCAAAACUUGACGAGGACUGGAGAGUGCUCUUGGAGCAAGGAGAUGUGCCACGACGAAUAAGGAGCAGCGCGCACAUGACCGUCGACACCUUGGUCGUUCUGAUGGACUCCAAAGUUUAGCAUCUCCUCAUUCGGCGGCAUGUGUCGCCCCUGAUUGUUGGGUCCAUACCCCUGCACAUUAUUGGCACCUCGAUCACAGUCCGAGUCAUCCGGAUCUUCCGUCAUUCCGAUGUAAGCUUGCGCUAGACUCGGGUAAGGUAGGCCGUAAUAACUACUCCAAGUGAUGACAAUACGACUUGUGACAAAUGGCUCUGGAUUGGUCAGAGCACGUCUGCGUCCCCAAAGAUUACAGCGGAGCAGGCACUCUGACGCCAGAUAGCGCGGCGCACAAAAAACCCAAGUGAAAACCUUGUGAAGGAAGAGACUCAGGAGUGUCGCCGCACCGAAGUCGCGAAAUGACUCGUGGAACUGGAAUCCCCUAUCCCAUAGUUGUGUGAAGACAAACCAAAAAGCAAUGGACAGAAGAGAGAAAAGCUGAUGGUCAAAAAGGAGAAACAAAUCCGUAAUUGUCAAGAAGAUAGAAGAAGGGAAAUACAGAAUAUGUCGGAAUUUCCUUUGAAAUAUCCCCGCCGCUAGCGCUAGAGACACAAAAGAGGCCAUCCCAAUAGUCACAAGCUGCGUAUCCUCGUCCCACAUCGUCUUACUUUCUGGUAUGUUAUAUCUUUCUUGAAUAUCCCGAAGUCUAACAGAAACCUAGAAACAGUUGGGUCGAUUUUUGUUCUCAAUCCUGUAUGAUGGAUAUGCUAUAUGUGUAUAUCUUUUUUUUGUUGUUUUGUAUUUUUUAAUAUUGAUGUUCUGGUGAUGCUCUUUCUUCGUGGAAUCUUGUGUACGGUCGUGACGGGUGCAACCCCACAUCAUACUGUGUUAUACACUAUUAGUAGCGUACCAACAAACAGUAGGAGGAUUACAUCAGUCCAUCCAAGUCAGGGCGACAUAAAUUUUCUUUUCGACCAUGCCAUGAUUCUCUGGAAGUAGCGCAUCAAAGGUGCAAUUGAUUUUGAUAUUACUUCGUGAAAGGCAAAUCAGGCGCAGUACGAUUGACAGGUCAUUCCAUUUCAAAGAAUGUCAGAAGAACACGGUAGAGAAUUAGCAGAACUGUCUGUGUGGCGAGGCCAGUUCUCUAUGAACAAAGGGCCAAAACCAUGCUAGCUGCAGCUCCUCAUGGAGAUACAGGUAACGUAGAACUACUAGAAAUGUAGGUACUGCACUGCUAUAAAUCUACUAUACUUACUGCGCCUCCUGCCAAGACAGAGCUAACGCAGUGUUAUAAUACAAAUAUAACCCCGCACACCUAAAAUUCUAGGAAGUGUCUGUUUACGCUGUAAAGAUAUAUAUACUGUCACUAUAAAUAUACUUUACCCUCUUUAUAAUUACCCCCUAGGAGUCUCAUUUUCUUCAACACCCCCCCUCUCGCAAUCAAUAGAAAGAAUCUGGUGGUCGAAAUUUCGUCGCGUCGUUCGAAGUCGAAGGCGCAGGCCGGGAACGUGGAAAAAAUGCUGUUUCUCAUACGGCAUUCGGAUUCGUCCGGUAUCGCUUUUGACGCUCUUCUCGAAUUGUGUCACUGCUGCUUUAUUUGCAACAAAGUAGUCAAUUGUAAAACCCGUUUUGUCCGGGCAGCGGAAAGUCCAAGUGCUAUCCCCUUGUGUGACGCACGCUGCCGCCCGGCCAAGUAAACUAUCUUGAAGAGACUUUGUCUCACGCUUGCUACAAGACGGCGUCUCACGAUCGUUACGUCUAUGCAGGCAAACAUGACAUCGUGACAAAAGUCGGCUGAAAUCUCCAAAGGCUACUGAAGGGACGACAGUAUCAAACCACUGACCAAGCGCCUUAUCAAAGGCUUGGGCAACGUCAAAUCGGCGCAGCUCCUCCGAAGAGUUGACACUGUAGAUGUUGGCGAUGCGCGCCGUAAUUCCAAACAAAUCGAACUCGAGUACUGCAAACCGUCCUUCACGGUCUGCAAAACCCAAGAUGCCUCCCGAUGUUGGGAUGUUACUGUAGUCCAACUGGUCACCACAAUAACGGUGUCUAAAAUCUCGGCGAACAAAGGUUGCAAGGCUGCUAUAACCGACGCGCGUGGUUGAAUUGCGAAAAUAAAUUGCAUUCAUACUUCGAUCCCAAAUGCUCUUCGAGUAGUUUCCGAAACUUCGUUUCUGUGGUUGCUGAAAGCUUGGUUUCCUGGAUAGAAACGAAAUGCGGUGAAGUGUCGAAUACCGAAUAAAAGUCUUGCAGUCUUUUAGAAUCUUCGAAGGUUGCUGCAAGUCCGUCAAUGUUGUAGCUGACCGCACUAAACGAGUCUGUAGGUGUCGGGAGACUACGAUCGACUCCGGUACGGAAUGAUGCAAGAAUACGCGCAUACUGCCCUUGCGGAAAUACUUCGAGCUCCUCAAGCUCUACUACACGUUUCGCCAGUUCUCGUCGGGUCAGGCAUUUCGAAAGGUGCAUGAUGAUCGCGCCAUGAGACAACUCGACCGGGCGGAUCAUUCUGAUGCUUUGCGGGUUACCUAGUUUGUGUGGUGCUCCGGACAAAAGUUGUAUCGAUGCACUAUUAGCGCCUCGAUGUGUUACAACAAAAAGUCGUGGGAGCAUGCGGCUCUCGAAUUUGCCCUUCUUGGCACGUAGUCGAACCACUAUAGACCCCAUCUGAGUGCGCAGGUCAUCUUUGGCAGCUUCACGACGGAGUCCCUUAUGAUGGUUUCGGAGUCGGUUUGCAUAGUAAAUCGAGUCGACCUGUCUUCGUCGGCGAACUGCUAGCGAGACCUCGUCAGCAAGCGUCUGUGACGGUGACGAUUCAAAAACCUCCUCCCUUGUAGUGAUGAAGUUGGAGCCGGUAUGACGCUCAAGAGUCGACGCUCCAUCAAGAGAAGGCAAUGGGCUGCGAGCAAGUGCUAGAGAAGCGCGAUGAGCAAACUCAUGCCAAUUAAUAGGAAGUAAAGCAACUUCUUCCUCCUGAGGGUCGUCAAGGUCUUAACCAUUCUUCUUUGAACGCGCGGUGAGAGAAAAAUCAGCAAACAGAUCAUCCUCAACAGCGUCGACAAAAUCGUCCUCAUGGCAUCCAAGCUCUACUUCUACUUCGGAUUCUUGUAAAGAGAUGUCAUUCUGAUGAACUUCUUCUGAGUUGUUAACUGCAUCAUCUGGAAGAAGCAUCUUGUCUUCUGGAAUAGAGUCGGGCUCAAUCCGAUGGGUGCCGACAAGUAUUCUAAAUCCCUUAGGCAACUUCUUGACUUGGAGAUGUCCUGAGUCUGGAUCUCGUUUGAGGUGAGCCUUGAAUUCCGACUGGAGGUGGAAAAUCCGGAUCAGGAAGUUCAAAAGUGCAUGCGGAUGUUCCACAAUCCAACUCCCGGAUGCAAGGUAGUGUGGCGAAUGCCACGUGCCAACCGUGUGACUGGGGGCAACCUUUGAGGCCAGCGAGUUCAAGGUGUCAAGAAAUUUCCUCAAAAAGUGCGAUCCGUUAUCACACCUGAUAAACGAAUAAAGUUGGAACGUAGAAAGCAUGAUGUUAAAUGUCUCCCGCGCUGCUGUAUCUGCAGUUGAGUCACGGGUCGGCACUGCCCAAGUGAGGUUGCUUCGGCCAUCUGUGGCCGUGAAGAUAGAGGUGUACUCUGACCCUCGGACCGCACCAAAACUGCUCGAUCCAAGAUUGGUGAUGAAGUCGACAAACAGAACCGUGCCUCGGUGUUUGUACAUCUCCAAACGAGGCUGCAUCUGGAUGUCGUAGUGAAAUGCAGCUGGUGAUAUCGAACAGGUAAGACACGCUUCGACCACUCGUGCGCAAAGGGUGGAAAGAUCCGUAGUAAAGAACCCUCUGCGCAUUACUAAGCAGUGCAAAACGCCGCGGCUAGAGUGCGCGUCGUCAUGAAUGUGCGCAAUCACUGCUACUGCAAUCGAUGCGUGGGUGUACUCUUUACCUUCAUACUCCAAUGGGUCUGCCUCAAGGAGAGUGGUAAGGAGGAAUUUGCAUUCCCCUGUCACUCGCUGUUGUAAUGCUCCUGCGUAGAUGCGAUAGCGGUUUGAUUCCUCAAGGAAGGCCAUCGCUUUCCGUCUCGAAACCGACUCUCCCUUUUUCUGACAAGCACUGACUACAUGUGCGAUGGCUGCGUCAGAAGAGUCCGGAUGUCGGGUCUGCGCUUCAAGUGCUGCAAACCGUGCAAAGAACUGAGACUUUUGUGUUUCUGCAAGUCGAGCAAGGAAGUUGCUUGGUAUCGAAAGGAAGUCUACUGGUUUUCGGCAGAAAAUCAAAUAGAUUGUUUCUUUUGUCCGUGCUUCUAGGAAGUCAUCACCCACUAUCUGGAAAAAGUGUGGUCCCCCAUGUCGCCGGAUACGGUAUUUCCGCUUACGAGGAAGCUCCCUAAAGUCGGACUCAACUACAGGGGGUCCGCCGAACGGGUCGUCAUCCGUAGGUGUAUGGCUCUGAUCAGCAUCACCUGCAUGCUCGAAGUCCUCUUGUAGCAGGCCUCCGUCUAGAGGUGUAUAGCUCGAUUCCCCAUCCGCUACGGAUGUCCGCUUCUCCUUGGCAGAGAUGAAAUAAAACCUACAGGCGCCUUCGCACUUGUAGGACUCCGCAUCUCCUGUUCCAAUAAGCGCGUGAAUUGUGGUCCACGAAUGUCCAAGAUCUCCCGGAUGAAAUGAUUUAUCGAACUUUUCUGCUAUCUCGAAGAAAGAGCCAUCCGUGUUGGAAUCGUCAUGGAAAACGUGAUCCCCUUCGAGCAAGGUGUCAAGCUUUUCAAACAGCAGUUUGGAAUCGGCCUCAAUUCCACCUGGAAGUAUCAUGUCUGGGAUGUCGCAUGGAGGUCCCGGUGGCGGCCCCACCUCAGGAACAUCUACUGCAAGACUGCAUCCACAUCUGAACUGUAUGUAUGUAUCGCAUUCAUAUAGUUGAGCCGCUGUUGGACAGAGCGGGUUCUCUUCUGUGGAUCGUGUAACUUUGCCUUCUUCGGCAAAUAAGAUGACCACGAAUGCCAGACAUCCGCCUUGCGCAUCGUCUCUCGGCUCGGAAGCGCUUUGAACUCGCGCCAUGAAUGUUCCUUAGGAUGCCCAAGGGAGUGUCCAAACAUCUUGAGGACAAUCUCGUAGGCGCGAUCCGCUGGGCGCGGCCAAUCAUCUCUAAAACGCAACCACCUUGAGCCUGAAGGAGGCAAAAGGGAAGUGUCUGGGACUGUGAUAACCAAAUUAUCACCUCGUUCGUCUGUCUUUCUUCUAACAUGUAGUGAAAAUCGUACGCAUGGUAAUCGGAUCUUGGUCACUGCGUUAGGUGUUGGUGCUGCUGGGAGCAGCUUCUCUUCCUUUGCCGCACUGUCCUCGUCAGCUAUGUCGCCCUCUUCUAAUUGCGAAUUUGAAGCAAAGGCGGCAGGCGCCAUCGGAGUCCCAGACUUCUCUGGUGGCCUCGAACAGAUGAAACAUUGUGAGAAAGAUUCGUCCACUUCUCGCCACUGUUGGAUACACUCGCGAUAACUCUCCCAGUCACCUCCUGCGAGGGUGCAGCCGAUUCGGGCGGGGAAAACCGCAAUCGCCUCCUUAUCAUCUGUCUUUCUGUGCGCCUUCACUAGAUCACUGAGUCUAGUCAGGGAAGUCUUGAAGUGCUGGAGGCGGCGAAGUGAGUCGUCAAAGCCUUGCACCGAUUUGCCAGGAUAGUGUUGUCCGGCAAGUCCAGCGACACCAAAUUCAUCGUUCUCAGGAUCCCAUCUCAAAUAGCAAUUUCCUAAUGUUCUUUUCGAGCCGUCGCUAUAGAUGUUUGCCCAAGGAAACAGAUCGAGAAUCGUCUUCGCAAUGCCUUUCGCGGAUUGCGUAACGCAGUUGAUCUGAUGCACUAAAACAACUCGAACCUCCUUGCGCUCAAGGAGGCUUCUCAAGUGGCUCAAAGCGCAAAUUUCCAAAUCGGUGACUCGGGUCCGAGGAGCAGCAGCAAGAGUCUGUGUCGAGUUGUCCUCUAGACAGAUGGCUCCUUGUUGCUGCGGUAUCUCUGUGCUGUUCGUAACAACCUCAAACCCCGUAAGCAACUCAGACCAAACUUCGGAGCAUAUGUUAAUCGGCCAUGAUACUGGGAGCAAUGCGCGGCUCAACGCGGCAGCGUCAACAACCAAUCGCCCUAACAAAGAUCCCUUUCUCUUCGCAAGGAAAAUGGAGCUGAGAAACGACGGCGCGCCAAUCUGUGCUGCAGACGUAUGGUAAGGCGCCAGAAAGCCUUCGGCACAGCCUUCUCGUAAUAGGAGCAAGAUGAUUGUGUCUAGUACUCCGGGAAGCGUAAACUUGCGAGCCACACCGAAAGGACUUCUAGUGUCCAACGGGUGAUAGACUUUACACAACUGGACUGUAGGGAAAGGCCGUCCAGGGCCCCAAACCUGAUCUCGGAAUAUCAGCACAAUUUUGAUGAACAUCAUACGCAGCAGGAAAGGAAGCAGCGUCAGAUUCUUAGAGAGCGUCUUGAAAAUGGUCUCCUCCCACUGGGCCGUGUCAAUUGUGUCAGACAUACUCUUUUCUCGUGCUGCGAUUUCCUCUUUAAUCUGCUCCUCGGUCGCAUCUCCUGAAAUCGCAUUCCUGUAUGUCUUGCACUUCAAAUGCUGUGACUUGUCGGCGUCAUCUUGUGUUGCCUCUGGUGCGUCCUGCGCCAUUCCACUUAUCUGCGUCAUGCGGACACGAACGUGUUUAAGCUGGUCUCCCGUAACGGCGUCUCUCAAAACGAGCAUAGGACGGAGGACCCGGCUACUCUUAUCUACAAGCGUGCAGUUAAACUGGAUUCCUCUCGCAAGAUCCGAUAGCGGAAGCACCAGCGGAGCCCCGGGUACUGAAACCAUAGAGGUGAAGCUGACAUCGACGGAAAUAUUAUAGUAGGACUUGUCAUUCCGUGAGCGAUGGAAGACAGAGUACGGAUCUACCUGAAUUUCAUGGAGACUCGGGAUUCCUGGCGCGAGACUCGAUUUCUCGAUUACCCAGGACAAACCAUCCGCGUGUAAUAAUGGAUGUUCGAGUGAGAGAAGCAUGAGAGUCUCUUCAAGAGUGGGGACAACGGCGACAGUCCGCAGUGGUUGUCCGACCGGGCGUACCCGGGAGAACAGGUUCUUGACAACGUCCCGCCACUCUUCAAACGUUGACUCCGGUAACUCAACACCCUCCGUGUUUUCGAUGUGUCUACUACCAAUAUCUUCUAGGUUUGAAGAUGCACCAAUCCGAUGAACCCGAUACACAACUCGAGAUGAAAGGGCGGUGUGGAUUUCGCUUGCCAUUGCCGCAGCAGACCGCUGAGGACGCACGUCCAAUGAUUCCGUGAGUAGUUCUCGGACGCCGAGUGACGAACAGUCGUAAAGCAGUGCUAUCGGGGCGGCCAGCGGGAUGCGUGGGAGAAUUUCUCGGACAAAAUACCGCAACCCGAGGAGUUCCAUUCGUCCUGAGCUGUUAGCGUUCCUCGCCUGGUCCUCUGCACCAAAUUUCCAAUGUGAGGCGAAAGCAAUUCGGUGCUUCUGCAAUUGUUUCUGGACUGCAAAAACAGAGCGUCCUUCUCUGGAUGAGUCAAUGCCGAACCGUAUGAGUCCUCCUGUCUCUUUCCAACGGAUGGCUGAGUCUACAUCUAACUCACAAAGCUCGACUGCUCGUAUCAGAUCCGAAUGCGCCUGGUUGAACAGUUCUCGUGCUCGCGGGUCAGAUGCGAGUUCCUUGAUGGGCCUCUUGUUAGUCAUGAAGUCGGUAAAGAAGUCCAGGAUCUUAGGCCACUCGCGGAUAGAGCAUGGCAUGUAGUUGACUGUGCGCACCCAGCUCUUAAGCGUUUUAAGCGUCGUAGGCAUCUUCAUCCUGGCCAGAGAUGCAACUUUCUGCGGGUCUGGUCUCCUGCAGCGUUGCUCGUAAUCUAACUCCCACCCGAGUAUGUAAACUCUGAUGGCGAGAGAGAUUUUCUUGAGUGAAAAGUUAAAUCCGGACGCACAACAACGUGCUAGAAAUUGUAUGAGCCGGAAAAGAAGUUGGAGCGCGUUAUCUGCUCUGUAGUUACAAUCGUCCAUGUAUGGUACACUGUAACGUCGUCCAAUCGGAAGACUCUCCUGUAGUGAAUUGAUUACGCCCUGCAUCUCGUCUGAAGGUGGAUCAACGUACAAGGAGUCGUCAAAAAGAUCGUCGGAUCCAUUAGUGCGGCAAGGCGGCAAAUAUGUGCUCUUGCCUAUUUCGUGUCCGUAUUGGUCAACGAGUGCGUCAUACCCAAUUGAUCCUGUUGCGAUUGCUGCUAGUACUUUUGAAUCAAAUCCAGGGUCCUGCAGGUUGAAGAAAACCAAUGAGACACAAAGACAAUAGACUGCCGGCGCGAAAACAAGUCCCAGGAACAUCCGCAGCGGCACGCAAACGCUAGUACCAUAUCCCAGUGCGGUAACCUUCUGCAUCUUGGGGUGAAGUAAGAACUGGAGAAAUCCCUUUGCAUGAUCCAAUCCAACAAAGCAUCCGACCUUGGCGGAUCGUAGCCACUCAAAGGCGCACCCCUCCACCGCUGCAAUACGGAGGAUAGGAGUCACCACUUUUUAAAGAAGCUGAACCACUAGAAUAAGGAACUGCCAGGCCCCACAGGCUACUGAGAACUUUGGGACAAACUCGCUCCGAAGUUCAUCAGUAUCAGAUCCGUUCCUGACGUGUUCCUCCACUGCCUUCUUGACGUGUUCUGGGACAUCUUUGUCCGCCUCUUCUACAGAGCAUGAACGCAGGGCACCUAAAGGCCCUGAGGUCAAAUCUGGAUCGUCUGUACUAAUUUCAGAAAAUCUGCCGUAUCUCGACACUUCUAAGAUGUGACUGCCCAGCCGGCAAAACACUGGCAGCGGCUCAUCUGGCUGAAUAUACUGCGGCUGCUGCAUGCUAUCCAAAUUCUCCUCUGUGCAGGAAGAGAUCUCGCGGGUUUCGCAAAGGCCACAACCCUCCGGUGGGAAGUGGACUCGUCGGUUACUCUGGAAGACCGGAUUGUCAAUCCAGUGCGGGAGUCGAUGCACAUAGAGGGGCGCAAUCUGCCUCGUCAAAGGGUUCUGAAGCCUGCUGAGCAAAAUACAACCAAGCUUGUCACAAAUGCCUCCAACCGGGUUAGUAUCGUUUAAACAAUACCCUAUUCGCGCCAUGUCGUUUACUCCUAAAGCAAUUCGAUCGCGUUCAUACAACCACGGCACUAGCAUCAACACAAAUGUGCCUGGUACUGUCGCGUCGCCAAGAUCUGCCAUGUUUUCCGGUUCUUUCAGCCAUGAAAAUCUUGAUCCAUUAACAGCGUCCUCGAUUGUUGCUAACGCUUUAACAUAUCGAAACCUUGAUGGCAAAACGCUGCAAGGGGCUGAAAGCCCUUCUGAAAGGGAAAUGUAGUUCUCUUCGGAGUCAUACCUUGCAAAGGCAAGAGAUACUUCACAAUAUUCGAGCACCCCUUGUUGAACACCUGCAGAUGGUGAACCAAAGGCAGUAUAUUCGACCUUGCUCAUGUCGCGUUGGAUCUUAACUCCAAGGUGGUCAAAAUAGUCCCGAUUUCCCAAAGAGUUGCCAUAUAAGUGUCUGGAGACGGCACAGCCAGAGUCUGGCAAAAUGCUGACAACGGAAUACUCAGGGCAUUCUCCAUCUCGUGGUAAUAUUACCGCUGCUGCAAUUCGAUUUGGCAAUGGCUCUGGGGCGAUGCGCUUGCCUCCAGGUCCAAUUUGACUAAGCUCAGGCGGAGCGUUCAGGGAACCUCGAAACCUCGGUCCAUCACUCGUGUAAAGUCCUGUAACAUCAGCAGGGCUGCAACGCAGCCCAAACCUCUCCGUAAAAUGGGACUCAACAUUACGGUAGUGGCGCUGGCGCUCUGCCUGGAUAUGAGCACAUCGUCGUUGUGCUAUCUUGUGCGCUACCACGUCAUCUUCAUCCUCGAGUGUGGUAGGUCCGACGUCCACACAAGUCUCAGCUUGAACAGCUAUUCUUACCCAUUCGUCCAAAACUCGUUUUUUCUGGAAGGCGAACAACAUGCUGCUACCGUGUGGGUGGAAAAAUUCCACUAUCUCCUGGGUGUCGUUGAACAGAAACGAGACAGUAAAGAUGUUACCGCGGAUCUGUUGUCCAGAAUCUUCUUCCACAAUUUCCUCAAAAGGAGGGCUCUUUUUCAGGAAUUCAAGCAUGCCCUUCGUAGACAGGCUAAUCUUCCAAAGGCUCUCGAAGUCGCCCGACUGUGGGGCGGGAGUCACAUGUACCAAGCAGGAAUCUUCUGAUGUGGAUCUGCUCGUCGAAAAAGGGGUAGCAACGUUUGGCAAAGUAAGUUCCGGUGAACGUGUCUCGGACCACUUUGCCGGCUACGCCCGACACAGAGUCGCCAUCCUCGGUCGUGUACAUGUCCUCCGGGUCGGCGCCGUCAGUCCUUGAGGCGGCUUGUUGAUAACGGCCUGUGUCAAACAUUCGGGCCCUCCUGGCAGAUGAAGCUCCACUCGGAGGGGCCUCUCUUUCGUUCGUGUUCCCUCGCCGUUUCCGCAAGCAGCGCCUGAUACAAGGGCAACGGGAGAAGAAGUUGGCGAAGGAAAAUGAUGAUCCUGUCGUGAUCGAAGGGUCGGACUCGUGGCGCCUCCUAAGGGCAUCAGCAUGCUCUUGGGAUACCUCUAAACGCCGGUAGUUACAUCCCGACGGCAUAGGUGGCGGGGUGAAAAACUUCUGCAAGAAGAUGGUGGAAGGAGAUGAUGGCCUUGUCGGGAUCGAAAGGUCGGGUCCGCGGCGCUUCCUAAGGGCAUCAACAUGCUCUUGGGAUACACCUUGACGCUGAUAAUUGUGCCUCGACGGUGUAGGUGGCGGGCGGGGUAAGAAACCUCUGCAAGAAGUUUGUAGACGAAGGCAGUGACCUUGUCGGGAUCGAAAGGUUGGCUUCGUGGCGCCUCCUAAGGGCAUCAGCAUGCUCUUGGGAUACCUCUAAGCGCCGAUAUCUGUGUCCCGACGGCAUAGGUGGCGGGAUCAGAAACUCUUGCUGAGAUCGUGGCGUUGGUGGUGAAACCGUAGGGGAGCGGGGUGCAGCCGGAGCUUCAAACACUCUCUGAAACGACCGGGAUCUUUCGGCCAAAGUCCCGUCGGUCACGCGUCCGAACGGUGUCGCUACAACAGGUUCUUGCUUGCUCUUCCGUUGGGUCAGGUCCUGACGUGGUGGUUUAGUCUCGGACUGCUGUUUCGAGACUCGAACUUUCUGAUCUCGUGUCAGACUGCUAUCCCAUCCUCCGAGAUGUCGCACCGUCUGAAGCAUUUUAUGUUUUAGAUCUCUGACCUUGGAGCGUGCCAUUCGGGGCUUGUACUGGUUUACGACGUGGUCCAUAAGCCGUGCCUCGCGGAACGCUUGCGAGACUCUUUCGUUCUCAGCAAAGGUCUUAUCAAACGACCACUCCUUCUCAGUAAAAGCCUGCAAAGCCUUCUUGAAAAGGUAGCCCAACUGGUUCUUGUCCACUGAGUUGAAACAAGUGCCAUUUGGCAUCUUAGCGCCGUUUUCAGUUCUCCAUUUCGCAAUCAGAUCAGCACAGAUCCAAACUUGAUCCAACACUCCCUCGCGUCGUAUCUUGAUGCUGCCAUGUCUUGUGCCACAAGUCGGGCAAUCCACGUUCUGCGGUGUAGUAGUGUGCGCAAAACAGUGGGCAGCUGUAAUAAGGUGGAAUAUAACACAGUCAAGUCGAGAGUGGUCACCGCCGCACUUCUUACUGUUCUUACCAGAACCCUUUCCUUUUGUUUGGUUCGGUUCUGUGGACCUCCAAAGUAGGUCUGCGACGUCGAGUUUAUUUCGGGUGUCCGCACCUGAAAGGGAUGGUCCUUCUAAAGUGCCACCGCGCUGAUACUCGUUGUUGUAGUCCUCCUGAUCGCCCUGUUCCUCAUUGAGUCGGCGACUCUGGAGGUUCUUGGGUUGUCGUUCUCUAUAGAAUCUAUCCGGGUCUAUUGAUUGACCCUCAAAUGCGUCCUUGAUGACGAAUUCAAGGACCUCUGAAAGACGUCGAUCCGCCUCAAUAUCAAAGGCACGCCCGUUUAUGGCUGCGUCCUGUCGCGUUGUCUUAUACAUGUUUUCCAUGAACAUGCCCUGCUGUUGAAGUGGUCUAAGAAUUGCAUGAAAGACUUUACUAUCGUUGCGGCUGCUCGGGUCUGAAUUCGGGUAGUAGAGGCGGUUCAGCUCGGAGAUGUGCCCCUUCUGUUGCUGUGCCCACUGGAGGCGGUUGGCUCUCGCAUUCUCAAACCUUUGUCCAAUCGGCAAGCUUCUCUGCGACUGUACUUCUCGGAUGGCACCUCGGUACGUAAGUCUCCAACCCUUCUCUAGUUCCGUGAACAGUGCAUACGCCUUGUUUAAGUCACCGGACACCGCAUUCGCAAUGUCCCACGCGUCUCUUCCUACUUUCGACUCGAUUUUGACGGCCUCGAAAGCAGUCUGCGUGAAGUCGAAGUCCCUGAGGAACUUCCACAGGGCUUCGCGUUCGUUCAUCAUUUCUACCUGGGACAUGCCUGCUUCACAGGUUAUGGAGGGCGCCUGUCGCUCCAGCGGCUUGGCACCAGACCCUCCAAGUGUGGCGGCUCCGUUAAGGCGGCGAGCAAUGGCUUGAAAAGUGCCGCCAGACCCAGAAACAAGUGAUGAAAUAUGCUUACUGACCAUGUUCUGGAUGGUCAGUUCCAGUGGGAAAAGAGCUGAGAGGUUGUCGUCAGCGACCUCUUCCACUACUAUGGGCGGCGCCGAAGGCAUGUUUCUGCGAUAAGGCUGCAUCUUCUUGGAAUUGCCCGUUGAAGGUGUGGGCACUCCUGCGGACACAUCGCCCUUCGGCUGGUAUGUCUCUGUAAAGGUCAGAAAGUUCUGGAACACAAGAUAUGCUUCGGACUUCUCAGUCUCCUUAGCGUUGAUCUUGCCAAUCUCCCCUAGGAACCUAUGCUCCAAAUUAUGCCUAGUAGAAAUAGGCCUCGGCGCUGGUAGGGGCGGUGUAACGGGCGGCCCACCAACUCCGAUGUCAGACCGGUUUAACUCGGGUCUUGACUGGUUGACCGAUAGAUGAGUGUUCGCUGGCGGUCCACUCGGCUCCAUUACAAAUGCUGAAUAUCCUGCUAACUGUCCUGUCACUCCAGGGUCCGGAAGAGCGGAACUUGCACUAGCGGUUGUCGAGUGUCCGCGGAUUCCUGAAGUCGAAGGUCGCGCCGGUUGAUAAACCGCAGACGACGGGAUGGCUGUAUCUCCAUGGCCUGCUCCUAAGCUCGGGACCCCGCCAGGAGGGAGUGCCGGCGCGUAUAUCAGGCGAGUAGACGGCGACUCAGGAGCCAGUCCUGGGGGAUAGUGCGAUGGUAAGCUCGUAGUGCCGAAGUGCGGAGUUCGUGAAAUCGCCUCAGCUUUCGGUGCCUUCUGUGGGGCAAGACCUCGCACAGAUGAUACUACUGGGUCGCUCCGGCCGGCUGGCGGGGCAAAAUCACUACGUAGUGCGGCGAAUGAACCACCUGUAACUGGUGGGAAAGGCGCCGCUGUAUGUCCAGGAAUAGGCAGGCGACCACAAGAUUUCCGAGGUCUGACAACACGCCAUCCAAGUUCGUCAGGUUUCGUAAGUGUGUGUCGGACCCUAAAUAUACCUGAAGGUGCGACCGUAGGAGACAAAUACUCCGAUCCACUUCCGGGUGACACUAGCGUCUUGCCCUUGUAGCCAACAGAGACAUGCUCAAUGCAGAUUGAACUGUUCUCACUACACCAAAGGUCAUCUGCUCCUUGUUGUUUAAACUGGUCCCAGGCCGCUGUCCAAAGCCGGAGAGACUUUUCAGAAGGGAACUCCAAAUGAUGCGUCAUCCUCUCACUGCGAGUAGCGCGCCCUGCGGAGAACGCAGCUCCAAGCAAGACUCCGUGCAGGCAAGUCAAGACGGACGUCGAAACAGUCCCGAACGAUGUUUUCAAAAUAGCGGUAGUGCGGGUCAAACACUGUUCCAGAAGUUUUCUGUUAUUUUGUUGUGCAUUAUUCUGAGGGAUGAGAAAAUCAACCCGAGGUAGUGAAUAGUUGUCACCGGGCUUCCCGAGCUGCGUUUCUCCUGUUAUCCAUACUGGAAACCCAGAGUUAACCGCAUCUGAAAACAAGCCAUCGCAGUCUCUCGCCGCAAAGGCAUCUAUUCUCCCUGAGCCUUCAACUACUACUGGUUCCAAUUUAGCUUGGUGUUCUAAAGGGUCACUUCGGACGCUUCGCUCUGUGUGAAGGUCUUCGAGAAGUGUGCAAAGGCGGUCGGGAUCGCCCCGGCCAUCCGCACUCGGAUAAACAUCGACGUUAAGGUCCACCGGUCCGUGGAUGUUGGGAUGGUGGCCUCGAGUCGUCCUUGAACCUUGAUCAGAACAUUGGUUCUGUAAUGGUGAGUUCGGAGGGUCAGGGAGGUCUUCAAACUCGCCGACCGGCUCCAGUCGAUGAUCUUGGCAAGAGCCCACCGCUGGCUCAUAUCCGACAUUUCGGGAUGGUCUUCCGCCCGCCUUUCUGGAAUCCGGACUAUCGUUUCGAAUAACCGAAUCGCCCUUCCCCGCGUGGCGGCAAUCAGCACGUGCUCGAGAGGCAGAACCACCAUUCUGUCCAGGAUAUUGUAGGGUGGAAUCUAUUGCAGACAUUUUCGGCGCUACAGGCAGGCUUUGAGCUCCAGUAGAGGACCGGGCCUCAAGCCGUGCAGUCGCAUCAUCGAGAAUGUCUUGUCUGCGCUGGAAUUCCGCCAUUUGGUCCGCAAAUUUCUUUGAAAACUCGGCGCGGAUCUCUCUUCGAGCCUCUUCGAGAAGAAUCGUCUUCCAAUCCUCCAUUUGUAUCUCUGGCAUUUGCGUCAGAUCUCUACUUCCCUGAUGUUGGUUGUGACUUUGAAUUUGAUCCGCACCUUCACUAGAUGCGCGGUAAUCUGCAGCACGACUUGUCGCGCUGCCAGAAGACCUAAGGCGAGGAGCUGGGGGAGCGUAUCUUCGAUUUUUAACGGCGAAAAUAGGCGGACUCGCCGGCUCCUGACCCGUCGGUUGCUGGUCCAAUCGAACAUCACACGCGGAGGCGAAAGAUGUUGGAUACGCAAUGUCUGAAUCCGGAGGAGCGCUUGGGCGCACCUCCGUUCCUUGCGAAGUUAGCACUUCAAUGUCCGUAAGAUCGUCACUUUCCCCAAACAAGCGCUGUCCGACUAAAGCAUCUCCCUGGCCCGUUUGAUGUCGGAGUGGAGGUAAGUUUGUCGAAGUGCGCAAAACAGGAGUAAGAACCGGAGACUCAUCAUCCCGCUCACUGAUAGGAGAAAGGUUCGAAGCCGGAAGCUGCGGGGCAAACGGAGGCGGAGCUGCAGAGGGAGGAUCAGCCUCAGAAGCGCCACGCGGGUUUGGAGACUCGAAAAGUCCGCUAUCCUGCAAGCCGGAAGGGUCAUCGGAGAUACCCAGCCCUUCGAGAUCAGCCGGACUUUCAUCAACCCGGACCCCCUGUAAGGUCAGGCUCGGGGUGAAUGGGUUCCGUACCAACCGGCCCGAUGUUGUCGUCUCGUGAGUGGACAUUCUUUAGGUCUAUCUAUAAGUUCUAAUAUAACGUAAAGUAGAUAUACUAGAGACAAUAAAGUGAGAAUGCAAAUAUUCGUAUAAAUGCAAACCUGGCGUGGCAGAUAGUAUUCUUAAGCAGAAACUAUAAGCCGGCAAAUAAAUCAGAAAUAAACCAGAUUGAUAAAUAUAAAUCAACAAAGGGUGCAAACCUAUAUGCUGUGCCUCGAGAUAUCCGCUUGCCCGCCAAGACGCCCGGAUAAACUCUAUUACACCAGAAUGCACAGGUAUGUAUUGCACGGUCUACGGGGUGAACUGGCUAGGAUCACAACCAACGCGCGUUAUGUAAUACAGCGGUAAGUUCUAGGGUUUCUAUAAUGUAAGCACCACUAUGCCAUCGUUACUAUAACUACAUUAAUACCCAAAUUAUGGCACUAGUUGCCAGUAUCGUUCUCCACCACUUGAACCAAUUAAGAACACACAAAUUAAGACAUCUAAAAUGGGGAUGUGUCCCUAGUGGCAACACUACCUAGAAAGGCGUGUAUCUCGCGUCUUUUAAAAUAUGGAUAAUUCCGGUACAAAUAUUCGAUGGUGACAAAUGUAGCACAAAGGCAUCUCUAAAGGUUUCUCGUCGACAAAUGUCGCAAAUAAAUGCACUUUCGGACUGUGGCUGGUCUGACCAAUACACAAUCAACACAAAUGAGAAGUCAAACGCUAUAUGCGGAUGACCUUGAAUACAAUCCUGAAUCUUGAAAGUCUUUGUGGCAAAUCGGCCGUGAAUCAUGUGUGCUUGACAAAGAAAACAAUGCUUGCGAAAGACGGCCAAUUUGCCCUUGAUUUAUAUAAAUAUGUAAACGUGAGGUCAUUUAUCUUAAAUGACCACUCCGUCAUUCUUCUAUUCACAUAGCGUAGGAUCCAAAUGUAUCUUUUCAUUCGUGUGCUCCAUCUUAUCCGAAAGAUAUUAAAUGAGUCAAAUGUCGAUCUUUGAAUCAUGUUAACUUGUCGAGCGAAUAGGUGAGAGAUCAAAUGCGAUUUCCAUAUGCGACCAAACGAAUGCUACUUAGUGAAGCGAUCUCGAACCUCCUUUGUUCGAUAAGAUAGCGACUAUUUGUAUUGCUUUUCUUUUUUUCAGUAGGUCCUUCUUCAAUAAAGAUCUGGAACUUCUGUUUCAGAUCUUGAAAACAUUUUGUUUAUGUAUUGCUCUUUUUUUUGCACCCCUUUGGAAUGGGACGAUCUUUCGCUCUCUCCUGAGCUAUCUAGUCUAGCAGAUCCGCACUCUCCGAUCUCUAGGACGAUCUCCUCUAGAAUGUGAUCUUGAUGUGGUCUGUCGUAGAUCUAGAUAUGUCUCUCGUACGUGCUUGAUAUGGCCUUAUCACGCCGUAAGAUUAAUUAGGUCUCGGAAUAUGUGAUGAAAUCAUACCUAUUUCGAGUAAAAUGAAAGGACUUUGAUUAUUUAUGAUUGUCAGUAUGUUGGCAAACCCCCCCUGUAAUACGCGAAUUAGUCGUCUCUAUCAAGAUAGAUUAGAUUAAUCGUGGAUUACCUAUAUUCCGCUGUAGUUCGGCCGGAGAGUCUGGGCCUUGAGGAGCGAUUCCAAACAAUAGUCUGCUAAAGACUAUGUUUGGAGAACUACCAGUGAAUAUAUAGUCUCACUCUGUCCUUUGUAGUAGUUUCUUUCAUCAUUUUCAAUGCACGCAGCGAGUCGAGUCGUGUGAGUUGUUUCGUUUGGUAUCUGGAUUGUUUCCCAGUGCUAGUCUCUAUAUAUAUUAGACUAUCUCCAAUCCGAAAACGCAGGCUCUCCGUGAAGCAGCUGCUGAACGCUUCGAGCAGCUUGAUGCUAGCUGCCGAUCUCGAUGAGCUUCAGGCGGAGCGUUUUCUGAUUAAUGCUCGCCAGGAGAACUUGAUCAAGCAGCUCGCCGGGGGCGGUGACAUCAAGAAUCUGGAGCAUACGCAGUGGGUUACGGGUGGAGACCACGACGCGACCAAGAAACACUUGGGGAAGCUUAUCGCUGGAGACGAUUUGCGGUGGGAUCUGUUUCGCCCAAUCUGUUCUGGGUCCAUCGUGACGAGAGUGACUGCCUGGCGAAGAAGGCCAUGGCGCGAAUCAUGAAGCAGCGCAAGAUGACGGUCCAGAGUGCUGCGAUGCUCAUCCCGAAGAUGAGACAGAUGGUCGAGAAAGACGCUGGCGCUUUUGACUUCUGUGCUUGCUCCUAGUUUCUCGUCUGAAGUUUGUCGUUUUGCGUUUUGAACUUGUAGAAGAAAGUAGUGAGUUUGUCCGCAGUGUGUCGCGCUCUCUUCUCAUCUUCAUCAAGUUUAAGCCACUCACUCCCAGGUAGUACGCUUGUGCACCAGACGGACAAAUACCCGGAGGGGCUUGCGUUUUUGCUUUCUGAGGCUGACAGCGCUGCCUUGGAGAGCCUUCGAGCCAAGGCGUUCCGCCACGGCGUGAAGAUGAUGGAGACCAAGGACGACAAAAAGUGAGAGGUGGAAACGGUGGCGAGAGAUAGGCGGCGAUGGUCGUUUGCCUUUGCGUGAGCAGCAGCAGCUGCGCGAUCGUCACCCAUGAAGAAACUACACGAAGACACUUAGGAUUCUGGUGGUGGGACAGAUCAGCAACUUUUCUUCUUCAGCUAGUAGCUCGAGGAACAGGAGGCGCCGCCUUGGUGGUGACUCAUGGAGGAUUUGGCUACCAGCGUGGUGGCCUACUAUGAAGCUUUUUCGUCAUGUCUAACUCUAACUUGUCUCUUCAAGUAAGAACUAGUAGACCUGAUGGAGGCCAAUCCUUAUGAGCAGGCCGCGGGGUGUCGUGGUCCUGCAUCUUUCGGAUUUUAUCGAAGUAUAAAAGUACUAUACUUAUUUCAUCCUAGUCGUUUUGUUUCUUCAGUUUAUGAAUGAUCUAACUGAGCUCUACCGUCAUAUCUUAUCAGCGAGUAGGAUCCACACAUCUAAUAAUUUGAUUUAUAGUGUCCUCGUCCUUUCUGGUUGCUGCUCCUCCACCAUGUCGGCCUGGUGGGAGGAGUAGAAUUGUUUAAAGCUGGGCCGACUUCAAUCAUCUGAGUCAAGUGAUGGAAUAGAGAAAGAUGACCGUGGAAGAACGGCCUCCCACCCCCUACCCCCUUCAGAAAAAAGAAGGGGGAACCAAUUGAAUCAAGAGGAGCUUUCUGAUGUUGUUAAGAAAAUAUGAAGAAAGGCCCAAGAUUUUGAUGCUGUCGCAGGUGUGGCCGCUGGCUUGUGCACUUUUUGCUGCGGUGCUGCGGUGGCGUCGGGUGCUGCCAAGUGGAGCGUCUCGGGUGUCGUGUGGUCGUGGCGAUUCGGUGGGAGAGUUGAGAGCGAGGAGAGACGCUGAGAGGGGGGACAGGUGGCAGGGGUUGUGACUGGUCGGAGUUUUCUGGAGUAGUUUGGCGCGGCUGUGGGUGGGUGGGGUUGUGGUUCGCGAUGGGGAUUCGGUGGCUUGGCUUUUGUUGUGGGUGCCUAGUGGUGGCGUCUUUGGUUGUGGUUUGGGGUGGGUGGGUGGGUAGAGUCUGCGGCUCCCGCUGCGGUUGUCGUGUCCUUCUGGAUAGCGAAAAAGUAGCCAAAAAGUAGCCAGCUUUCUCGCUUGGUGGGAUCCGGAUGAGAGGCCUUUCGUCGAUCUUCGUGGACUGGUUACGCUUCUCAGGUAGUGCCCGCCGUCUGGUAGAACUCCCCAAGUUCUUCGUGAUUACUUAUUCUACAACCCUCAAAAGAGUGCAAAGCGCUGAGGCUGCAGCGUUUUCUUUUGUUCGUGCUUUGCCUUCCGUUUGCUUCUCUCACUUCUCUUCCCAACAGAAUCGGACUCGGAACACGCUCAAACAGAUGCCAGCAUCAAGGCCCCGGGCUCUGCUCCUUGGUCGUCCUCGUGAUCUCAUCACGACCAUCACCACCAGCCCCGUUGCAGUCACCACCGCCACCCGUAUCCUGGUGGCAGCUGUGUCACCUUUCUCGCCUGCAGUCAGGUAAUAAGUGCGCAGCGGCCCGAGUAGUUUCCUUGGCUUGCAUGCGUGUGGUGGUGGUUUCCGUGUGUUCGUUCGAUUCUAGUGGCGUAGGCGGUUGCCUGGUAUCUCAGUCGGCGGGCAUUGCUAGCACGGUCAUACAUGGGAGGCAAAUCAAUUGGCUGGCGCCGCUGCUUGGUGUAAAACAUGGGCAGGGGGCUGGGCUGGCUUGAUGUGUCUAAUGAGAAACGCGGGCGGCUUGUUGAGUAGAGGCCAAGAGUAAGGGCCUGCGUGGCGUUCUCCUUCUGUUCUUACUUAAAGCAAUUGGCUUGGGAGCUGUUGGCUGUCGCUGUUCAGUGCAUUGCGCUGAGGUUUUCUCUUGUCUGCAUUUGAAAGAAAUGAGGCACCUCGGUAGACCUUAUGACGCUGGUGGGCCGGUGUUUGGCGUUUGGGAGUUCUUACUGCAGGAAAGGCACGGAGAGAGGAAACCGCUCGGAGAUGAAGGGGGCGGCGGGUAUAUUUCUCCUCGAGCCACGACUUUGAAGCAGGCACCCGCGCGCACAGUCUUCUCCACAUGUUGAAAAAGCCCGCGCAUCUUGGCGGAAAUAUGUUCCAGGGCGCGGAGCGACGGUACCCCCCCGCGCUGUGCGCCUUGGGCCCCUUUUUAUUUAAUUUUAAGGCGUCUGACGAUCACCAUGCCCCUCCCUUCUUCAGUGUGUGUGUGUUUAAGAUUAGUUCUUCUAAGUGCGAGGUUAGUGAAGUUAAAUGGCUUACAGUUUAAUUUAUAUAUACUCCAUUAAAAAUUAUUUAAGGCGCCUGCCCGGGUUGGAAGGCCUCAAAAGGGGGCCAGGUCACCCCCCUCCCCCGCUCUCUUCCAGCUGCUUGGCUGUUGCUUGCAGGCCUCAAGAGGGGCCCAGGGGACCGCCUCCGCCUCCUUCCACCUCAGGCGCGUGGCUGUCCCCUAGAGGCCUCUGACGCAGGUGGAAGGCCUCAAGAGGGGCCCAAGGGGCUGCAUCUGCUUCCUUUCCAGGUGCUUUGCUGUCCCCUAGAGGCCUCUGACGUAGGUGGAAGGCCUCAAGAGGGGCCCAAGGGGCCGCAUCUGCUCCCUUUCCAGCUGCUUGGCUGUCCCCUGGAGGCCUCUGGCGUAGGUGCGUGGAAGGCCUCAAGAGGGGCUCAAGGGGCCGCCUCCACUUCCUUCCAGGUGCUUGGCUGUCCCAAAGGCGGCAAAAGGCCGGCGAGGGGCUGGACCCUCUGAGCCGUGCAGCUUGUACCCUCCGGGUCCUUGGUCAUCGGCUUGCUUGCUUUUGCGACUGUGGCCGCCUUCGGUGGCCUUUUACCCCGGAGACCUCCCGCCGGCGAGGGUCAGCAGGGGCCAGGAGGUCCCUUAAAAAAGAACACGCUGAGAGGCCCAAGGGGAGGCCCCCCGCGCCAAGCUUGACGCCUUCCACCAGCCACUAGAAUCCGCGAAAAAUCAGCGCGGAAAAGAGCGCGCGCGCCACCACAGACCAGACCACAGGGGGGAGGAGGUGCUGCCCGGCUCUGAGCCAUGAUAUACAACGGCGACAGGCUUACUGAAUUAAUAGCCCUGACGCCUUCUGAGUGUGCUGCUGAAUGCUCUCGCUUGUGAUCUCUCAGCCUUAACAGUUUCAGCCUCUCGUAUAGCCGCUUUGCGGAUACCCCUCCGCGCUAAGCUUGUGGGCUGGUAGUGUUCUGCGAGUCGUGGCAACUUCGAGCACCUGGGACACAGGUGAAAAUGUGAAGGGUUCUCCCACGCUGAUACCCAUGAUAAAAAAGGAUCCCAAUAAGAGCAAUUGUGGCCCACAAAUAGCGAUCCCAGCCAGUCGAAGCAUAGCGAUCUUUUGUUUCCAAGUCUGUCGUCAGCCCUUUACGCUCUGUCUUGGCUUCGGGUCUAAGCUAAUUGGUGAGGUCGUGGGCCUCUGCAUACUUUCUGACGUAGUUUCUGCAUAUUUUUCCUUCCUAGAUUGAAUCGCGUUUGUAUGUUUCUAAACUCCGCGCCGGCGCUCACUCGUCAGUCACGGGAAUGCGUCGACUUCCUCGACGAGACAUAAAAUCGGCCGGAGAUGCGGCCGAAUUCGGCGAAUACAUGGGUGCACUAUUCAUGGACGACUUGUCGGGCCUGAGUGCGAGGGAUGUGGAAUCGCUGGAAAAUGACUGUCAUACGAAAUAUAAUGGUGAUGAAGUAGCCUCGUUCUCGUUUAAAAUGGUUUUGAGGUUGGAUCCAUCUCACUUUAAUGGAGAAGCAACCGAGAUCGCCAUCGAUUUCUUCCUGCCUUCGUGCCACGGACGGCGGCAAAGACAGGAGGUGUUUAGAAUGAGCCUUUAUAGACAAUUUGGAGGUGGUGGCCAAGAACUGAAGCAGGAUGUUGCGUUUAGCAGUUUUCGUCCGAGCGAAUAUGGUUUCACCGGGGUUCACCGUCAUUUCAGUCUCAGAAUUUGUCGAGGAAAAAAAAACCUCUUCCAGUCCGCCCCCGGGAGUUUCAUGCAAACAAUCACAACACCUUCGCAGAACAACGUCAACUACGCCUCUCUCUCCGCAUACAAGAACGUUCCAUCUUCUGUGUACAACAUCAAUCCUCUAGUUGUCCUCGCCUCUGGUGGUAUCAUCCUUGGCGCUUUCCUGUUUUGCUCGAAGUGCGCACGUCGAACUGCAUCCCAAUGGCUUCGCAACGAGCGUGCACGCGAACAGUCGAACAGUGCAUCCAGCAACGAGGCCACUUAUGGUGCCAUGGAGCGAGGUGAAGCAUCUUCAGACGUGAAGGACGACAAGAUCAUCAAGAUGUAG